AUGGUCGGAAAGGGUAUUCGCGCUGGGUUGGAUAUACAAGGCCUCGCAAGAGCCGAUGGAGGUCCGAUCCCUCGCCUUCCACGGGGUCAGCCCCAGCUUUUCCUCCCGCGCCCUCUCCAGCAAAUCGGCACAAAGCGCCGAACGAAGGCGAAAGCAGGCCGUCUGAGGCGCCUCGGCAAAGUGGGGCGCCUCCUCCAGCUGUCGUGCGAUGGCCUGUGCCGAGGCCUCGAGGCUCGCGUGGAAGGCGUGGGGAUUGGGCUCCGCGGUGGGGCCGAUUGGCAUUGGCGGGGUGAAUAA